GCGAGGACGGCUGAAUAAUUGGGAGCUUGAAAUUGCUUCUUCCUCCGCAAAAAGGUUUGCAUGGCUGUCGCUUUUUCGUCUUAAAAAAAAAAAAAAGCCAAACAUUUGAUCACCGUCACCUGCAGAAGUGAGUUUUCAUUGAAGAAGCUCCAACUGCUUUCUCCUUAUUUCCAACAGCCCGGCGAGGCUUCCUUAGAGUGAGCUAGCUACUUCUCAGGCCAGGCACGACAGCAGUGCUGGCCAAUUUGAAAAAGCAGGAAACAUCCCCUGCAUGCAGAGCUUCCAGCCUGAGAACGCCCCAGCCUAGUCUUCCAGGCAGCUGUGUAGCCAGAGAGCCUUGGUAUUGUGGUCACAUCCCUCAAAAGUGAACAGUCACCAUCAGCGGCGUUGGAGGAAGCUGUGAUGUUGCAGACGCUGUGGCAUUUUCUGGCUAGCUUUUUUCCUAGGGCCAGGUGCCAAGACUCCAGAGAGGGGAACGAUCAUGAAGUCAGAGGCACCCCAGCCCCUGCUCGGGGAGACCAGGUGUCAAGCUUUAUGGUGAAACAGGAUGGAAGGGCUGAGGCCACGGAAAAGAGACCCACCAUUUUGCUGGUGGUUGGACCUGCAGAGCAGUUUCCUAAGAAAAUCGUACAAGCUGGAGAUAAAGACCUCGAUGGGCAGCUAGACUUUGAAGAAUUUGUCCAUUAUCUCCAAGAUCACGAGAAGAAACUGAGGCUGGUGUUUAAGAGUUUGGACAAAAAGAAUGAUGGCCGCAUCGACGCACAGGAGAUCAUGCAGUCGCUGCGGGACCUGGGGGUCAAGAUAUCUGAACAGCAGGCUGAAAAAAUUCUCAAGAGAAUACGAACGGGCCACUUCUGGGGCCCUGUCACCUACAUGGACAAAAAUGGCACAAUGACCAUCGACUGGAAUGAGUGGAGAGACUACCACCUCCUGCACCCCGUGGAGAAUAUCCCCGAGAUCAUCCUGUACUGGAAACAUUCCACGAUCUUUGAUGUGGGCGAGAAUCUGACGGUGCCUGAUGAGUUCACAGUGGAGGAGCGGCAGACUGGGAUGUGGUGGAGACACCUGGUGGCAGGAGGUGGGGCAGGGGCUGUCUCCAGAACCUGCACAGCCCCCCUGGACAGACUGAAGGUGCUCAUGCAGGUCCAUGCCUCCCGCAGCAACAACAUGUGCAUUGUUGGUGGAUUCACCCAGAUGAUUCGAGAGGGAGGGGCCAAAUCACUCUGGCGGGGCAAUGGCAUCAACGUCCUCAAAAUCGCCCCUGAGUCGGCCAUCAAAUUCAUGGCCUACGAGCAAAUCAAGCGUCUGGUUGGUAGUGACCAGGAGACCCUGAGGAUUCAUGAAAGGCUCGUGGCAGGGUCUUUGGCAGGGGCCAUCGCCCAGAGCAGCAUCUACCCCAUGGAGGUCUUGAAGACCCGGAUGGCCCUGCGGAAAACAGGCCAGUACUCAGGCAUGCUGGACUGUGCCAGAAGGAUCCUGGCUAGAGAGGGGGUAGCUGCCUUCUACAAAGGCUACGUCCCCAACAUGCUGGGGAUCAUCCCCUAUGCCGGCAUUGACCUAGCUGUCUAUGAGACACUCAAGAAUGCCUGGCUACAGCGCUAUGCCGUGAACAGUGCAGACCCUGGUGUGUUUGUACUCCUCGCCUGUGGCACCAUUUCCAGUACCUGUGGCCAGCUGGCCAGCUAUCCCCUGGCCCUGGUUAGGACACGGAUGCAGGCACAAGCCUCCAUCGAGGGUGCUCCAGAGGUGACUAUGAGCAGCCUCUUCAGACAGAUUCUGAGAACUGAGGGGGCCUUCGGGCUGUACCGGGGGCUGGCCCCCAACUUCAUGAAGGUCAUCCCAGCUGUGAGCAUCAGCUAUGUGGUGUACGAGAACCUGAAAGUAACCCUGGGUGUGCAGUCACGGUGACAGGAGGGAGGGCAGCCUUGCACCCUGCGGACUCACUGAUCCUGGGCCACAGCCCCAGGAUGUGCAGCCAUCUCAUUCUGUGAAUGUGCCAACACUAAGCUGACUACGCCAAGCUGUGAAAACCCUGGGAUGCACCCGCAAGGAGGGGUGGGAGAGCUGGCAGGCCCAUGGGGCUUGUCCUGCUGACCCUGGUGGCCUUCAACGUUGGUUCCAGAGAAGACCUGUGGGCAUUCCUCAGGAUCCAGGGGUCAGCAGGAUACAGGCUCUCACACAUGGGGACAGGACAUUUCCUGCAGUGCCUGACAAAUAGCGAGCUCGGAGGCCAACUUAGUUCUUCCAUCUUGUCCUUGCAGCUGACAUUGGCCGUAGGCCCUGCGCUCCCUGGCCUGCCGAGCAUUUCCCCAUGCCCCUGUGCUUCCUUCCUCUCUGCCAAGGUGAUGGGGCAGGAGGAGGGCUACUAGCCCACUCCCCUCCCCAACCUCUCCGUCAGUCCAUGGAGAAGGGUGGGGGUGGUCCGAUUCCCAACCUGCAGGGUCCACUGACUCGGUGUGCAGGAAGAGUAAAGGGUCUAGCCCUGUGCUCCCCUCACCUGAGCCCUGUUGUUGGCCUCCAAGCUCGCCAGCAGCUGAGCACCUGGUGUACAUGUGCAUGCAGUGGGGCGCUGGCUGCCUGGCAUUUUGGCACUUAGCUUCGUGGAAGGUGAGCCCUGGAACCCAGAGGCCUCUGCUCCCUGCUUUGGAACCUCCUGGUGCUCUGAGCUGGCCUGGAGUCUUGUCAGGACUGACACCAGCUCAGAACCAAAUUCACUGUCCUCGGUUUGGCAUGAGGGCAGUGGAGGAUCGUGUUUUAGAGUGAUGAGCAGAGCAUCUGCGUGCCCUAGUGAGAGAACAAAGGUGGUAAAGGCCUUAAUUAUGUAUCUUUGGGAAAAGGGUUUUGUUUAAGACAAACUGGAAGAAUAUGCAAGUUCUGUGCUUCCAGAGGGAAGACAAGGGGAGCAGGUGGUUUGGCUGAUGGCAUUAAAGUCUGCUUCUGACGCCCCUGGGGAUAUGUGUCCAAUCCCACUCGGGGCAAAGUGGGACCAGCCUCACAUUCCACUCACGUGACAUGUCCACUGCUUGGAGCCUAUUUAUUUUGUAUUUAUUUGAACAGAGUUAUGUCCUAACUAUUUUUAUAGAUUUGUUUAAUAGCCUAUCAUUUUCAAGUUCAUUUUUUAUUCAUAUUUAUGUUCAUGGUUGAUUGUACCUUCCCAUGCCACCAGGUGGGGAGGAGGGGAAGGAAGGGCCUCAGAAGGGACCCUUCCUGAUGCCCAUGCCCAAUGUCGUGUCCAAAGAAAUUCCUCUCAGGACUGGAGACAGAAGGAAGGAGAGUCCUUUGGCAGUUCAGGGCAGAGUUUGCUCCCAGGGAGCCUCAGGAUCUUGGCAAUGGGGGCGAGGAGAGUGGGAGAAACCUCAGCAUUGAAGGCAGAAGUCCAGUUUCCUAGACUGGGAAGAUUUCUUUAUUUCAGCUUUUUUGAAUGACAAGGCAGUGAGGUGCCGCUCACUGUGAAUUUGCCGGGGCUGGAGAAGAGGGUAGGAGCUUUCUCCCCCCACUGCUCUUGCUCAGUAAUACUAGUCAACUAGAGGCUUCACAGCUGCACUUCAUUCCACCAGAAUGGCCUGAUGAGGAAAACUUCAAUAGGAUGCAAAGAUCAAUGCAAAAAUUGUUAUAUAUAAAUAUAUAUAGUUAUAACUGGAAUUUGUCAAAAAGCAAAUUAAGAAUUGGAAGUUAUCGCUUAAAACAGCCUUCUAAUAAAGUUGUUUCAAAGCUGA